CUACCAGCAAGGCCUGUAAAUGCAAGGCUGGCAGCAUGGGCCACAGGACCCUGGCUUCUGUCCCUGCCCUGUGGUCCUCCAUCCCCUGUGCUCGCUCUGAGCUGCACCUGGACUUGGUUCUGACUUCUGGACAGUCCUUUCGGUGGAGAGAACGGAACCCUGAGCACUGGACCGGGGUACUGGCGAACCAGGUGUGGACCUUCACGCAAACCGAAGAGCAGCUGUUCUGCACCGUCUACCGUCCAGACAGAGGCCCCGAAAGUAGGCCCACGCCUGAAGAGCUGAAAACGGUUCACCGGUACUUCCAGCUGGAUGUCAGCCUGGCGCAGCUCUACCACCAUUGGAGUUCUGUGGACCCCCACUUCCAAAAGGUGGCUCAGAAAUUCCCAGGUGUGCGCCUCCUGCGACAGGACCCUGUCGAGUGCCUUUUCUCCUUCAUCUGCUCUUCGAACAACAACAUCUCCCGCAUCACUGGCAUGGUCGAGCGACUCUGCCAGGCCUUUGGGCCACAGCUCUGUCAGCUGGACGAUGUCACCUAUUACGGCUUCCCCACCCUACAAGACCUGGCAGGGCCUUCGGUGGAAGCCCAGCUCAGGAAGAUGGGCCUUGGGUACCGUGCCCGUUACGUGAGCGCCAGCGCUCAAGUCAUCCUGCAGGACCACGGUGGGCUGCCCUGGCUGCAGCAGCUAUGCCAAGCACCCUACGAGGAGGCCCACAAGGCCCUGUGUACCCUGCCUGGGGUAGGCACCAAGGUGGCCGAUUGCAUCUGCCUGAUGGCCCUGGACAAGCCCCAAGCUGUACCCGUAGACGUUCACGUAUGGCAGAUAGCCCAGCGGGACUAUGACUGGCAUCCCAAAUCCAGCCAGGCCAAGGGACUCAGCCUGCAGAGCAGCAAGGAGCUGGGCAACUAUUUCCGGAGAUUGUGGGGAUCUUACGCUGGCUGGGCCCAAGCGGUACUGUUCAGUGCAGAUCUACGCCAGCCCCGGCCAGCUCAGAAGCCAGCAGCAAAGCGCAAGAAGAGAACCACCAGACUGGAAGGCUAG